AUGGCCUUGCAGAAAAGAAAGCAAAUCGGGAAAUACUGUUUUUAUGGGUGCUGGUGUUUGCCAACCGGAGCUGGGUUGAUUCCUUAUGGAGAGCCGGUGGACAAUAUUGAUAAUUCUUGCAAGGAGUACACCAAGUGCUACAACUGUUUAUACAACCCAGCGCCGUUUCGCGGAAUGGGUUGCGACGAAGAAGAAGGGAUCAAGACACGUUACAGCAUUCGCGGUUCCAAGGAUAUCAACGGUCGCACGGUUCUUUACUGCCGCGAUCCAAUUGGAACAUGCGCUAGAAACAGAUGCGAAUGUGACAAAGCGCUUUCUGAAAAACUUGCUGAGCACGAAAACGAGUGGACGGUCGAAAACCAUCACAAAUGGAAUUUUGGCGACUUUGACAGGGAAGAACGGUGCUUGGCAGCUCCUAAGGAAGAUGCAAAUCACUCAAGUGGCUCUAGCUUCGCGAGCCGGAGGGGGCCGCCUGCUUUGGCGAAUAUGAUACAGAGCAGGACGCAGAGGAUUAAUCAGCCAGCACUGAGUGUUUACGGUAAAAUAGCUGGAUGCUGCGGAGAAGCACCCGAUUUCAGAUACUACCGCGAAGGACAACGCUGCUGCGCAAAUGGAGAAAUUGUUGAUGGACUUGCUCCCUGCUCCGAGGAAUUCCUUAAUCUUUGA